CCAGUCCAAACUUCACUCGUUAUAUGGUCGUGACAAUUAAGAGCAACACGGCCAUUACAAACUGCAACAUCGGACUUGAGCAAGGAGCACCCGGACCUUAGAUCAUAACUCCGACACUCCUCUAUCCCCAGACGGGCUUGAUGCUAUAAAAGCUACCUGGUCCGCAAAUCUCAUGCGACAUAUUUUACAAGCAGCAAUUUUUCACAUUUUCCCGCAUCACUGUUAAAUACACAAGCGAAAGAAGAUGGGAAACCAGAGUUCCAAGGGCUCUGGGACGGCAACGCCCAAAAACAGCGCGUCACAGACGUCACUAGACAAGAAUUUCGACAAUCUCCAGUCUUAUCCAUCGUUCAGCAAGGCAGAUACCAAAGAGUCAAAUAGGUCUUUUAGAGGGGCUUUGAGGUCCAAGAUCCCAGGUACCAAAACGGAUAGCCCCAGGGGGUCAUCAGCAGGGUUGGCGAAUGGAGACAUCAAUGCAGACAAGUCAGACGCGGCGUCUGUGAAGUCUGGGAGAAGUUCUCGAUCAGGAAUAUCAAAGGGAGCACCGGACUCUCCAACACCUGAUCCAGUUUCCCCAUCUCUGGAUGCAUCCGAAGAUGCUAUUUCACCCCCUGAUGAGCUAAAGCCACCUCCGUCCCCGAUUCAGUCGGCAUCUAUGCGACAAGGACAUCAUGAUGUCGACGCCGCUCAGCGAAGCGGUGAGGUUGACUAUGUCUCCGACCAACCUCCGUCGGGAGCGACAAAUCCACAUGCCCAUUUGCAGCGACCGGGCCAAUCAAUUUUGGUCAAGAAGGCGGACACGAUCAAUCCAAUUCAACAAGAUGCACUAUCAUCCUUGCCGGGGACCGACGAAACAGCUCCAGGUUCAUCAGUGGCUAUGGGUGAAUUGAAAGACUCGGAUGUGGAUGAUUACAUCAAACGACUUCUGGAUGCAGGAUAUGCAGGCAAGAGCACAAAGGGCGUCUGCCUGCGAAAUGCCGAGAUCAAUUCGAUUUGCAGCCGUGUAAGGGAAAUUUUCUUGGAACAGCCGCCCCUGAUUGAGCUGGACGCACCGGUCAAGAUUGUAGGAGACAUUCAUGGACAGUAUUCUGAUCUCAUUCGAAUGUUCGAGAUGUGUGGCUUCCCACCAACGUCGAACUUCUUGUUUUUGGGAGAUUACGUUGAUCGAGGAAAGCACUCGUUGGAGACAAUCCUCCUCCUCAUGUGCUACAAGAUUAAAUAUCCCGAGAAUUUUUUCCUUCUUCGGGGCAAUCACGAAUGUGCGAACGUUACUCGGGUAUAUGGCUUCUACGACGAGUGCAAGCGGAGAUGCAACGUGAAGGUGUGGAAAACCUUUGUCGAUACAUUCAACUGCCUUCCCAUUGCCGCAAUCGUUGCGGGUAAAAUCUUCUGUGUUCACGGCGGUCUAUCACCGGCUCUCAGCCACAUGGAUGAUAUAAGACACAUUGCGAGACCUACUGACGUACCCGACUUCGGACUGCUGAAUGAUCUCUUAUGGGCAGAUCCUGCAGACCAGGAAAAGGACUGGGAGACCAGCGAACGAGGUGUGAGUUAUUCCUUCGGAAAGAGGGUUAUAACGGAAUUCCUGACAAGGCACGAUUUCGAUCUGGUCUGCCGGGCACACAUGGUUGUCGAGGACGGAUACGAGUUCUUCGAGGAUCGAAUUCUGGUUACCGUGUUUUCCGCACCAAACUAUUGUGGAGAGUUUGAUAAUUACGGUGCCGUCAUGAGUGUUUCAACCGAGCUCUUGUGUAGCUUUGAGCUCCUCAAACCCUUGGAUUCAAGCGCGUUGAAGAGCCAGAUGAAGAAGAGUCGGAACAAACGCAAUAGCAUGGUCAACAGCCCGCCUCCACCUGGAGUGUACCCUCAGAGUGUAUAGUUCAGGUCCUGGGUUAUUGAUUCGAAGGAAAGCAGGAACUUCUGGAGAUCUUUAUCCCGAAUCUUCACUCAAUUUUGACAGAUUC